CAUAACUAAUCAAAUCGUAAUGUAUGAAAUUUCGAGUCCCUUUAAAGAAUUUCAACCAGAAAUUUUAAUCGGGACAUUUCUCGACUCGGUUGGAAGAAUUCUGGAUCUUUAUCCCGAAAGUUUCGGAGAUUUGACGACCCGAGGUUUAGCAGGUUCUCAUGUCCAAAGUUCUGGAUUUCAGAAACUUUUGGAGGAUUAA